UUACAACUUCAUUCAUCGCUUAAAAUAUCGUAAACGAAUCCAAAAAAAGAUUAGCUUUUUUUCGGUUUUUUCAUGUUAUUUCAACAGUACAAAUAAAAUGAGUAGCGAAAAUUGUGAAAUUAAAGUGAAAGAAGAACUACCGAGCGAAGAUGAUUUUGUACCGGCUCCCGAUGAGGACAUUCGUGUACUGGAUCAAUUCUGCCGGUUGUGCUUACGGACGGGUACGGAUUUUGUGUCCCUGAUCUCUUACGUCCAAGGAUUUCCGAUUUCGCAUGUGUUUCAUUCGAUCACCGGAUUUGAACUAGUCUUGGAAGAUACACUACCUAGCAAGGUGUGCCAAAUUUGCUUCAAUACGCUGGAGAAAGGCUUCAACAUACGCCAACGCUUUAUAGAGAGCUAUCGACUUCUAGAAUCCUUUAAUUCUUCACAAGAGCGUUCUUUGAUUGACCGUUUAAGCGAAUUUCAAAACGACACAGAUAAACACCCAAAAAUUACCAAUCCUGAGAACGUUCCUUGUGUAAGCAUUCCCAUUAAUAUUAAACAGGAACCGGAAUUGGAUCUGGAACCCGAAGAGCUGCCUGAACCAGAACCUAGUAAAAGUUCCCUAGCAAACAAAGCUGUUAAGAAGCGCGUCAAUAAUCGCUAUAACUGUAAGAUAAAACGAGCAAAGCUCGAUCCUAACAAGUGCUACAUCUGUGAACAAAUGCACGAAAAUCCCGAAAGCCUUAACGCUCAUCUUUCGGCACAUGCUGAAAUGAUCCCGUAUCAAUGCGAAGAAUGCAAAGAAAGUGACCGUCCGGUAAAGCUCACUUCACUCAUUAUGCUGCACAAACACUUCCGGAUGCACGCCAGUGCAAUAAAGUGCUCCAAAUGUCCAAUUCGAACGAACACGAUGGCCGCCAUGUAUGGCCACAUGCAAAUCUAUCACGGAGAGAACAGCGACACCGAAUACACUUGCCAGCUCUGUGGAGAGAAACUGAUUAGCAAGAUAGCCCUGGGCAGACACAUGCGCUUCCACAAAGCCCGGGACGAGGGGCGAUACACGUGUUCGUUUUGCCAGACUAGGUUCGCCACGAAACCGCAUUUGACCCGCCACGAAAGAAUUCAUACAAACGAGCGGCCCUUCCAGUGCCAUUAUUGUCCGAAAAGCUACAAAACGCAGAGCGUCCGGAACCUUCACGAGCGGAAGCACACGGGCGAAAAGGGGUUUCACUGUGAAAUAUGUGGCAAACGCUUUCGGCUGCGGAGUAUCCUGAAUAGUCACAUUGCGGCGGUUCACGGAGAACGUAAAGAACCGGAAGGUCCACAGCCGUUGCUGGAGUGUGAUUUUGAGGGCUGCAGUUACAGCACCACCAAGAAAGGCGCGUUCUACAAUCAUAAGGCCAUUCACGAGCCCAAGUUUCAGUGCACGCUGUGUCCAAAAAAAUUCCCCACGGGGCAAAGACUGGAAAUUCAUCAAUUUGUCCAUACGGGAGUGAAGAAGUUUCAAUGCCAUCUUUGCUCGAAGCAGUUCCUUUCGAAGUUAAAUUUGGACGCGCACGUGGAAACGCACACCAACACUACACCAUUUACAUGCGAAUUGUGCGGCAAGGAAUUUUUGCGACAGCGAAGCUACAAGCAGCACCUCGUGCGGCAUACAAAUUUACCGAUGAAUUUUGAGUGCGGAUAUUGCGGCAAAAAAUUCAGAUAUCGUGGCGAACUGGUGAGGCACGAAAAGACACACGAGAAAGCAGCCAAUAGGGAAAAGCUGACGAUUCUUGAAAAUGAUAAUGAACAAUCAACUGUAACCGAUAGGGAAAAAUUGACGAGUCUUGAAAAUUAUAAUGAACAGUCAAUUGUAACCGUGAAAGAAGAAGUCGAAUAGAACCAAACAGGAGGAUUUGUAGAGGUACUUUAAAUCCAGUCUUGAAGAUGGUCCUUCUUUCCCGUGGGUUUUGUACUGUUAUUUAUAGAUCAGACCUGCCCAACCUUUUUGGCUCUUUUUCGACAUAAAUGGUUGGUGCGUUCGCAAGAAUAGACCGAUAUGAACAAAAUUAGUCUCAAAUGAAAGAUUUGUAAUAUAUCUGUCUAAUCCAUGUUGAAAAUUUUAAAUUUUUAUCGAACUCUUUGCUAGCGAUGCAAGUAAAGGUAAAAAUCAGUCCGGCCAACGGGCCGGAUCAUUUCUUGGACUUAAUUGCAUCGGUAGCAAAGAGGCUGAUAUAAAUAUUAAAUUUCCAGCAUGGAUUAGACAAAUAUACUACCAAGCUGUCAUUUGAGACUAAUUUUGUUCAUAUCGAUGUAUUUUUGCAAACGCACCAACCGUUUAUGUCGAAAAAGAGCCGAAAAUGUUUGGCAGGCCUGUUAUAGAAGGAGGAAAAACAAAAACGAAACCCAAAUUGUUUAGAACUUCAUCAUGAAUGUAACCAGUGUCUUCCAUGUUAAUAGCAAUUUCUUCAAUAUGUUUGCUUAGGACUUCCUUAAAGACAAUUU